CAAUUGUCUCUUCUAUACCUCUCAACUGUCUAUAUAAUCGCUAGAAAUUAUUUAACAAUACAAACAAGUCAUGAAGCAGUUGUCUCUUGGAGCCCACCUAUACAUUGUUCUUGUACUUAUCUUCACUGCAUUCCUUGUUGUUAAGAGCAAUCGUUUGCUGCCCACUCAACAUGCUCCUAAUAGCUCGGACGAAGAAGGUGUCUCUAAUAUUGAUCAUGGUCAAGAUAAAUCACACUACUUUAAGAGAGAGUCAAGAAAGGAAGAAGAAGAAGAAGGAGCAGUAGGGAUGGAACAAUACCCAACAGGAUCGAGCAUACCAGACUGUUCCCAUGCAUGUGGAGCAUGCUUUCCAUGCAAGCGAGUGGUGAUAAGCUUCAAGUGCUCUACCUCUAUCGAGUCUUGCCCUAUUGUGUAUCGUUGCAUGUGUAAAGGCAAAUACUAUCACGUUCCUUCCAAUUGACUACUACUAUUUCGCCCUCUAAAUUAAUCAAAAAUUAAAUGUUUGUUUAAUUUUGUAGAAUCCAA